AUGGACGAAUUUACGGCUCCCUUGGUGGACUGGACGACUCCCGCGGACCUGCACAAGAGAUUUAAAAUUUUCAAACAAAAAUGCAACCUCAUCUUCGAUGGCCCCUUAGAAAAUCAAGCGGAGGAUAAAAAGACGAGAUUCAUGCUUCUUUGGGCCGGCGAUAAAGGCUUAGAGAUUUAUAAAACAGCUAAAUGGUCAAGUGAAGAGGACCAACUCAAACGAGAACCCAUAUUUGAGAAAUUUGAAGCAUACACAAAACCCCAGAGCAAUCAAAUCUUACCAAAAGGUACCAGGUGCGAUGCCUGAAACAAGAAGACAUGUCUUUAGCAGAAUUUCUGACUAGGGCCCGAACACUUGUUGACGACAGCGGCUAUGGCCCUGCGAUCAAAGAGGAAACCCUUCGGGACACGUUGGUAUUCGGACUGAAAUCAGACAAAGUCAGGAAGGAUGCCAUUUCCAAA